CCAGGCCCUAUUUCCCUUGUCGCUGUUCUUAAAGGUCUCCUCGCUUUUCUCCCAGCUUUCAUUUCUCGCAUCUUUCUUUUAAACUUGGCUCUGUAACUAUAUUUUUAUCCAAGCUCCUGUAAAACCUCGCUCCUCCUUUUCUCACUUCUUCUCCACACACUGUACGAAAUUGCAUAGUCUUUCAACUCACACAUAAUCUCCACGCGCAACCGCCGUAUUUCUUUUUCAGGCCCAGCUCGCGCAAUAUCCAUACCAUUCCUUCCCCCUUUUCCGUGUAUUUUCUGGUGCGCGGACUGGCUGACAUACUGACGGGUUCGAGAUUUCAGCAUCAUUUUUGAACACUUUGUGGAGAAGUGGUUUUUGAUUCAUCUCCAAAAUUAGGCUCUGGCUCUAUAUUUUUCUCACACGCGCGCUCAGAUAUCGCCAAAUAUCUUGGCCGUUUCCGCCUUGUGUCUCUUUUCCAUCACCUCGCUUUUUCCAGCUUUUUUCUCGCCACAAUGGAUAUGUCCUCGGUCAACACUGAGCAGCUCGCAUACAUUGCCACACGGACGUUCAGCAAGCUCUGGAUGUUCCGGGGCGCUAAGGAGUCGCUGCAGACAUUCCACACGUUCUGCUCGGAGCUGCUGCGCUCGACGCAGAUUGCGGUGCCCAUUGUGGUGCUGACGCUGCUGUAUGUGCACAAGUUCAAGCAGCGCUACCCGGUGCUGAUUUGCGGGCCAGGCAGCGAGUACCGGGUGUUUGUGGUGGCCCUGAUGCUGGCCAGCAAGUACCUUGAGGACAACACGUUCACGACGCAGACAUGGUCCGAGGUGUCGAACCUGCCGGCCAAGGAGCUGACGAUCAUGCAGCGCGAGUUCCUGGUCGCGCUGGAGCACCGGCUGCACGUGCCGGAGACCGAGUACAACGCCUGGAUCACCCAGCUCCAGACCAUCGUGUUUGCCGCGCCCAACAUGACUCAGUACCGCAUGGCCAUUUCGCCGCCGGUCCAGCACAAGCCGCUUGUGAUUCCGGCAAUCUCGACGCCCUCGUACCCGUCAACUGGCCUGUACUCGCCCACAGGCGACAUGCAGGUCGUGCCGUCGCCCACAUCGGCCUGCAGCGCCAGCAGCACAGCGCUUAUCCACGAAAUGCCGUGCCAGCUGCCGUCGCCGCCGCCCGCCAAGCGCAUGCGCAUGUCAGUGCCCGCGGCUGCAAACGGCUACCGCAUCGCUGUCAGUGCGCCGCGCUCGGUGGCUGUGCCCGCUGCUGUCAGCAAUGUGGGCGUGAUGCCUCACGGCGAUUUCACAUUCAGCGUCCCGGCACAGAUGGCGGGCCAGACUGUGAUGGCUUCCCAAAACAUGCUGUUCAGUCAAGGUGCCCAGAGCCACGCUGUUGCUCACAAUGGCCGGCCCAUCAGGAUCGGCAAUGUUGGUCUUGAGCCCAAGGCGUUUGUCAACAACGGGUUCAUGCAGCAGCAGACGAUCCGCGCCCAGCAGGCUGCUGCCGCCGCCGCUGCAUUCGCCGCGCAGUACAACCCAAUGUACUACGGCGUGCCUGGCUUUGGCUAUGGCAUGGCCCCAGCUACUGCCGCCGCUCCCACCGCCUUCCCCAUCUACAACUAGAGCGGGUGGCCCGGGCAGCAGAGGCAACAAAAACUACCCCCUAACGAAACUGUAACAUUAUUUCUCUUCCCGUUGUGUAUACACUC